UCGGUGCUGAAGUUGGGCGGAUGGCAGAAAAACAGCAGCGAUGGACAUUACACCGCAGGAUUCCCAUUUACGAUGUCAUUAAAUAAUCAUCGGACCAUCGCUUACUCAAACCUAUCACCCUAGGACACUGACAGCUUAAAAUAAAGGGAUGCUGUGCUCUUACUGCUCCCUUUACCCUCCAGUCUCUAAAUGACCCGUUCACUGAGCCCUCCCUGAGAUCCAUGGAAGCCUAGGAGGUGACGGUGAGAGAAACGAAAGGAGCAGGCGAAUUAAAGAAAUAAAGAGAGGAAUUAGUUGCAUUUUUCGCCUCUGCUCUCCUGUCCCUCUCUAUGCCAGUUGGUCAGGGAUGGUGAAACCAGUAACGCCUGUCCCCUGUAGUGAAACAGACCUCCUCGCCUCGUCCUUCAUCUGCAGCAAGCCAAACAGCCGGUCAGUUAGCCAAAUAGACGCUCAGACAGUCCGCCAGCCAGUCAGUCCGUCCAUCAACCAGCCUCUAUCGUCCAGCAACCUAUUACCUCAGCAUCAUGACUGCUCUGUCUGACCUGUCUUUAGGAACUCACUAAUUCUCAUGCCCCGUAGUCUGAGUGGAGUGGAGAUGAGAAAAAGGCAGGCGGCACACAUCGAGGGCCCCCCCCAGGCCCCUGGACAGCCCCGACCCAACACCUGCUGCCUCUGCUGGUGCGGCUGCUGCAAGUGUCUCUGGAAUGAAGACAGGAUGGAGAGGAGUGAACGGCAGACCUGCACCAAGAUGGACAGUAUUGAAGCUGGAGAAGAACAACACCCCAGCCUAGACGAGGUGGUGUCGUGGGCGCGGAGCUUCGAGAUGAUGAUGCGCUCGCUGGAGGGCAGGGAGAUCUUCCGCGAGUUCCUGCGCUCAGAGUACAGCGAGGAGAACCUGCUUUUCUGGAUAGCCUGCGAAGAGCUGAAAAAGGAGACCAACCCCACGGUUGUGGAUGAGAAGGCCAGGAUCAUAUAUGAAGACUAUGUGUCCAUAUUGUCACCCAAAGAGGUGAGUCUGGAUUCGCGGGUCAGAGAGGGCAUAAACCAGAGCCUGGCCGAGCCCAGCAACCUGAUGUACGAGGAGGCCCAGCUCCAGAUCUACACACUGAUGCACCGCGACUCAUUCCCCCGCUUUCUCAACUCCUCCGUUUACAGAGACCUCCUGGCCAGCAGGAGGCGCACCUGCCUCGACACCUAGGCCCUCCGAGCCCCGUCGCCAUCCUACGCUGAGACUACUACUUAAACUUCAAAUACUACUAUGGUGCCAGAAGUCGGGUUUGGAAAAUCUCUCCCUUUCUUGAUUGAAAAGACUGAAUGACAUCUGAGAUAGUUGUUUUUUUAUUUAUAUUUUGUAAGCAAUUUAUCUCCAGUUCUCCGCUGGAGCCAGGUGGGCCUUUGCUAGUUGGUGAUUGGUCAAUAAGGCCGCUCAUGCUGGCCAGUGAUUGUUUUCCUAGCAAUUUGUGCUGGUCGUUGUUUGGCUGACGGGCCGACCCACUUGUCAACAAUUGCUUGAAUGGCCAGCCUAGUGGCCAGCUGUUGGUUAACUGUGGACAAGGACUCCUCAGGCUAUGUGGGACAGAGAGAGAGGAAGAAACAAAAAAAAAGGACAAGCCUACUACUCUGUACUGUAUUGUUUAGACCUCAUACUCUCCCCUCUCUUUCAUUUUCUGUCUACUCUCUCUCUCUCUCUUAGUUAUUUUGUUAUUUCUGUCAAACUCUGUCCCAUGCCUCAGACCAUUUUUUUAAAAAAUUUGUGUUGUUACAGUCCAAACAUAAAGCCCGAUUUGUGGAGUGGGAGGGGGGUUUGGGGCUCCUCUGCCCACCGCACCAGUAGAAGCACUGGCUUUGCAUGAAAAACAAGGUUGUGAAACUCUCUCUCUCUACAGUAGCUCGACAUUGUCAGCCGCAGACUGCAACCGUUCUUGAACACUGAGAUGUAUUUAUCCUCUGAAAUGGUUUGUGGGGGGGAGGAGGGCGCCCGUCCCUCCGCGCGGCUCUCCAUUUUCACUGAAG